CUUCCACCUCUAAAUCGAAAAAAAACUUUGAACGGAACGCACGGAUGUCGACGGAAAUCGCGAAGGGCGGAUGAGUGCUGCGCGAGUGUAACUUAAUGGAAUAGUUUACAAUCCAGAGCUCCGAGUGGCCAGCUUCCGCUUCGACGCACUGCUCUGCAGGCUUUUAAUGCAAUUCGACGCAGUUUCCGCGAGGGAAAUGCAGCUCCAGUGAUGAGACCGCAGAGUCACGCGUGUGAAGCGCACGAAAAGUGAAAAAAAAGCAAGAGGGAGAAAAAACAACAGAAACAGUGGCAUUUAAACAAAAUUCACAAAAAGUGUUAAAAUCAGUAAUGUGCAUUUAGCAAUUGCCAAACAAAUUGCAUUGUUUCUUUGUUUUGUUUUUGGCUCGCACGCGCUAGUGUUGGUGUGAGUAAAGAGUGCGCUGCUGUGUGUGUGUGAGCGACAGCAAGGACAACAAACAAGCAGAAGAGAGAGAUAGAGAGAAGCAACAACUGUGGAGCUGCAGCUGGAAAAAAAGAACGAUGGACACGUUUCGCAAGUGGCUGAACAAACCCAAGGCUGAUGACAAAUCGCUGCUGGCCCGCUUCUUUCAUGCGGACCGAUCCCUCACAGCUGUGGCCAGCGAAUUGGACAGCUUCGAUGGACGGGCGGAGCCGGAUCGGUGCACCAGACUGGUCAGCAGGCUGCGUCAGAAUCAGGACAAAGUGCUGGCCAUCACGAAUUUGAUAAUGGAGGAACUGCUGGGCGAAGAUCGUGAUCCGCGUGCCUUCCGCGCCAAGUUCCCCGAGGAGGUGCUCCAGGAGAAUCUGGCCGGGCAGCUGUGGUUCGGCGCCGAGUGCCUGGCUGCUGGAUCCUCGAUCAUGAACCGCGAGACGGAGAGCAAGGAGAUGCGUCCACUGGCGCAGGCGGUGACCAAGAGCUUGGGCAACGUCCGCGUCCUGCUGCGGGACCAGUGUUUGAAGAACAACGUGCCCAACAGCAAGACACUGCACCUGGACCUGAACGACACCACCACAGAGCAGCUGUACGAGAGUCUGAAGAUCUUCGACCGCUUGUUUGCCGAAUUCGAGUUGAGCUAUGUGAGCGCCAUGGUGCAGGUGAAGUCGCGCCAUGAGUACGAGAUGCAGCAGUGGAUCGGGGUGCUAUUCUCGGAGACGCUGCAGCGGGCUCUAAAGAUUGGGCUGCUCGAUCAGGACAUGGUGGAUGCCUUCGAUCCCGGCCUGAUGUUCUCCAUUCCUCGCCUGGCCAUCGUUGCCGGUUUGGUGGUCUAUGCCAAGGGACCGCUGAACAUGGACAUGCCAGGCGAUCAGCUGUCUGAGAUGUUCCGUCCCUUCCGCACAAUCCUCAUCAAGAUCCGCGAUCUCCUGCGCAACCUCAACAAACAGGAGCUCUACCAGCUGGAGAAGCUGCUGUGCACCAACGAAGACAUCAACACCAAGGUGCCACUUGGUUCGAGCAGCAUCGAGGCACCCAGUCCGGAGCAUAGCUCCAAUCCUGCGGCAAGUGGCAGUCAGUAUAACAACAGCAGCAGCAAUAAUAACCACAGCAGCGUUAGCACCACAACCACGGGGACAACCAAUACGCACAGGACUGUGGAGCGGCUGGUGGAUCAGCGAAACAACAAUAACAACAGAAACAGCAUCAGUAGCACCAAUCCAACUGUGGAGGAGGCUACCUUGCGCUCUCCGUCCAUGUUGUCGUUAUCGCCCACCAGCACGCCCACCGCCUCGCCCGCCCCCUCGCCCACGCCCUCGCACUCGAUAGCCUCCACCUCGUCGGCGGCCACCAGCUCCACAAAUCCGCCAGCGGACUGGAGCGACGGCGAUGACGAGGACGAAGACGACGAUGACAUUGAGGUGGAUGAGGAGGAUUUGGAGAGCAGCGACGACGACACAGACGAGGAGCAGUUGCUCAAGGACAUUGUGGCGGCAGACUGUGCCUCCGGCUACCUCAUACCCAACACCAAUCUGGGCAACCUGCUGCAGCCCCAGGAGGUUCCUCUCACGGACAACUUCGUGGCCAGCGAAGACGACGAGUACGGAACGGGAGAGCAGCAGAGGCAGCGGGGGCCCGAGGAGGAGGAGCCCAGCACGAGUGCUGCCAUGCUGGCGGCCACCCGCACCCUGCAGCGGCUGCGCCUGCCCAGCAGCGACACCGAUCCUUUAGCCGAGCCCACGACAAUCAAAGCGUCCGAGGAACAGCUGCAGAAGCAGCAGCAGGAGCUGCAGCCGCAGCCAGCCGUGCCCAGCGGACGCCACCGGGAGAGUCACAGUCACCGCCAACACCAGCGCCACCACCACCACCACCACCAUCAUCACCAUCACCCACAUCAGGAUCAGCAUCAGCAUCAGCACCGCCAGCCGCAUCCGCAUCGCACAACUCGCAGUGGUCGCAAGCGCUGCAGUCUGGAAGCGCCGGAGGCGGAGACGAAUACGGCUGAGAGGGAGCAGCACCUGGCCAGUGGCGAUACCAGUGCCGCCUCCUCGCUGUCCGACGACGUGUCGCUGGCAAUGCGCAACACCACGGCACGACUCAAGUUCAAGAGCACCGAAAAUCUACUGCACCGCCUGUUUGUCUGCAUCGCCGGGGUAGCCGACCAGCUGCAAACGAACUUCGCCUCUGAUCUGCGCCAGAUUCUGCGCAGCGUUUUCCUCAUGAAUAUGUCGUCCGCUCAGGAGGAGAUCGAAAUACCGGAAAAGACAAAGGAGUCGGAGCUGUUCGAGUUCCGGGCAUCCGAGAACGAUGUGAUACAGGAGAGCGCCGGCUCCAACCAAAGCAUUUACUCAGCGGAGGAGGUCAAUCCCGAGCUGGACAAUGUGUUCAGCGCCGGCGGUGGCAGCCAGGCCACUGGCCAGCGCCAUUCCGCUGGCGCCAGUAUGCAGCGGAACAACACUAUCGAUCUGGCAGGCCAGCCCGGCGAAGGAAGCCCCAGUGGACCAACGAUGGCCAGCAGUCGUGCGCAUGUGACGCGCAGUCGAAGUCUUGGCGAUCAAGAGGUGGCCAACACGGCCACGAGCAGCACCAGCAGCAACCACCUGCAUCAGCAUCAGCAGGAGCAGCAGCAACAGCAGCACCAGUUGCAGAUCCAACUGCAGCGGCAGCGCAACAAUUCCGUGGGCAGCAACACGCCCUCCAGCGCCUCCUCAACCAGUUCCAGCUCCGAGCAGAAUUCCCCGGUGAGUGCCAGGAGCGGCAGUCGCCGGCGCCUGCAGAGCAACAACGAAACCCAGAUGCCCUCCUCGGCCACGUCCGCCACGUCGGCCACGCUCUCUCCGCCCGCCUGGAUUCCCGACGGCAAGGCGCCACGAUGCAUGGCCUGCCAGACGCCCUUCACUGCCUUCCGACGGCGCCAUCAUUGCCGCAACUGCGGCGGCGUCUUCUGCGGCGUCUGCUCCAAUGCCUCCGCUCCGCUGCCCAAGUACGGACUGACCAAGGCGGUGCGCGUCUGCCGGGACUGCUAUGUGCGCGAGGUACGCUCGGGACUGGGUGUCCAAGGCGUCCAAGGUGUCCAAGGUGUCCAGGGAGUGCAGAAUGUCCAGAGCGUCCAGGCAACCGCCUCUUAGGAUUGGCCAAAGGCGCUAGCCAGCGCAGCUGACGACCAAAAAUGUGGCCAAGAUGGAGACGGAGGAAAAGCAAACUGUGACUCGCAAUUGUUCCGCAAACAAUGUUUUCUUUAUUUUAUACGUAACCGUAAUCCCAUUAAAACUGGGCCCAUGACCACAGCCAGGGCCCGAGUAUAUAUAUCACAUAUAGUAUAUAUAUCUUAAAUAUAUAUAACCAUAGCUAUAUAUUUUUUAUUUCCAAAACAUUGACCAACCGAGCGUCUAUCAAAGCUUCGAUCCGAACCACAACGACAUUUGUUCAUAUCAAAAGAUAGCGCCAGCUUUAAGUUCGGCUUGCAUUUUUACAAAUA